CGCCGAUUUCAUUUGGGGAGUUGUGCGACGAUGCCCAAGUCAUUGUAUAUUUUGUAUGAAAGUGCUGCAGGGUUCAGCUUGUUUUAUGUGGAAAACUUUGAGAGCAUUGCCUCCAACACCGAAGAAUUUCAAGACGCUUUGAGUGAAUUUGUUCGCUUCUCCAAGUUGGCAAAGCUAAUUGCUUUCUCUCCUUUUACGACAGCCGAGACAGCCUUUGAUAAUUUAUCCAAACUCAGUGAAUAUGAAAUAACAGCUAAUCUCUCAAACUUCUUAGAUAGCAAUUUGCCAAAAGUGAAAGAAGGAAAGAAACCAAAGUAUGAAUUGGGAGUUUUUGACCAUAAGCUAGCUGCUGUUAUUCACGAACAGCUCAAACUUCCCGCCACGAGUUCUGAGAAAAUUACGGAAAUUAUUCGAAAUAUUAGACUACACUUUGAACGCUUCGUGGACCACUUGAGAACAAGUGAUGUAAUCAAGGCUCAGCUUGGACUGGCUCAUGCAUAUUCUCGUUCCAAAGUGAAGUAUAAUGUAAACCGCGCGGACACUAUGGUUGUGCAGUCCAUAACGCUUCUAGACCAACUGGACAAGGAUAUCAAUACAUUUGCUAUGAGAGUGAAGGAAUGGUAUUCUUGGCACUUUCCAGAACUGGUGAAAAUAGUUUCCGAUAAUAUUGUCUAUGCACGUUGUGUUCAAUUGAUUGGAGACAAGUCGACGUUGUCGGAAGACAGUUUGACAGAUUUGGAAAAGUUAGUGGGUGAUGAACAGGUUUCUAAGAAUAUCCUUGACGCAGCUAGAACUUCUAUGGGAACUGGUAUUGAAGAAGUUGAUUUGAUUAAUAUUCGUUCAUUUGCAGCUCGUGUUGUGAAGCUUGCUGAGUAUAGGAAACAUCUUCACGAUUAUCUUAUUCGUCGUAUGAAUACUAUUGCACCCAAUUUAUCAGCAUUAUUAGGAGAACAAGUGUCCGCUCGUUUGAUUGCACAUGCUGGUUCUCUCACGAAUCUUGCAAAGUAUCCAGCAUCUACUGUGCAGAUAUUGGGAGCGGAGAAAGCUCUCUUCCGUGCUUUGAAGACCAAAGGGAAGACACCCAAGUAUGGCCUGUUGUUUCAUUCCAGUUUUAUAGGUAAAGCAAAACAAAAGAACAAGGGACGCAUUUCUAGAUAUCUUGCGAACAAGUGUUCGAUUGCUUCCAGAAUUGACUGUUUCUCUGACGUUACUUCGGAUAUCUUUGGUCGGACCCUUCGAGAACAAGUUGAAGAGCGUCUGAAAUUUUAUGAAACGGGAUCUUCUUCACAAAAGAAUACGGAUGUCAUGAGAAAAGCCAUGGAUGAGUUGAAUACGAUUGUAAAAGAAAGCCAUGAAGACCUAGAGAGAGCUGUUGAUGAGACAGAUGUAGAAAAAGAGGAGAAUAUGGAAGAAGAUAAUGAAGAAAGAGAUAGAUCCCAUAAGAGUAAAAAGGACAAGUCAAAGAAGAAAGAUAAGGAGAAAAAGAAGAAACACAAAAGGAAGAAGGAGAAGAUGGACACUGACGAGUCUAAUAGUAAAGAAAAGAGGCAUCAUAAGAAAAAGAAGACAGACAAAACCUUGAAAGAGAAAGAGAAACAGGACAAAAUGCAAAUAUGAAAAUAUAUUCGAAACGGAAAAUAUAAUAAAGCUUUAUCAUUUGAA